AUGAGUCGUCAAUCUAUUGAUGUUACUGAUAUUUACAAACUUCAAGGGCCCAAAUCAUCACCAAGCUCAUCAAGAAAUUCGACUUCGCCUGGUGGCUCCCAAACAAGCAUUCGAUUUCAUAUACCCAAAAAACCUUCUAGUCCGGAGUCCAUCAAUGAUAAUCUUCCUCAAACAUCAAGUUCUACCAAUAUUUCAUGUAUAGAAUUGAAUUUCCUUCCCAACACAAACAGCCCGAUAAUUCAUCGUCCUGUCAAUGUUUCACAAGACUGUCUGAAUCCACCGGUAACUGAAAAUCUGGAGAAUUCACAAUUUAAUCCAUGUGACGUGACGGAACUAAUGAAGAACUCAACCCACGUAAAGAAUUAUAGUCGGGGGACAGACAAAACAUUUUUUUCAUUCGAUUCCUAUGAUUCUAAACUUAGACAUCCAAACUUCCAUAAAGGAGACGAUCGAUUGAAAAGAACAGGCUCCGAAUUGAAAUUUGCUACCAAAGCUCAAAACAACUCCCGUUAUUUUUUGAAGAAUUCUACCUCCUAUAAGCACCUAGACGAACUAGAUGGUCCUUUUUAUUACUACCAAGUGUCUACCACCAACUCAAGUAUGACUGGUACCUCCAAUCAUUCAAGUGCUUCUAGUGAGGAAACCCAACCUAACAGGGAAAUCCCUGGUACUUUAGAAUUUGAUAUCAGUGAUUCUAUCAUGUCACCUGAAGACAUUACGAGUCUCGAUAAGGAGUUCUUUGAAGACUUGAACCCAUUCAAAAGGAAACGGGAUUAUUUCGACCCUAGGAUUUACUACAGAAACUUCUACCUCAGUAAUUUAAUUGCAGUGUCAGUUCUUUUUGCAGUUUUGAUCUUAGGAUCUUUUGGAUACUUAAUAUCUGUAGCCAAGAAGUAUUCUGAUCCACCUAAACCUGAAAUCUAUGAAGUUUUGUCACUUUAUAAAUAUCCACAUCUUUCAGCCGUCAGGGUCGAUUUGGUAGAUCCUGACACUCCCGAAGAAUUUCACCAAAGGCAUAGUUAUGUCACAGGAGAAUCAUGGGAUUUAGUGUUUUCUGAUGAGUUUAAUGCUGAUGGGAGGACGUUCUUCCCUGGAGAUGAUCAAUUUUUCGAAGCUGUUGACAUGCAUUAUGCAGCUACCAACGAUUUGGAAUAUUAUAUUCCUGAAAUGGCAGAAACCAUGAAUGGCAGUCUUAGAAUCAAAUUAGAUGCCUUCCCAACUAACGGAUUACUUUAUAGGUCAGCCAUGUUACAAAGCUGGAAUAAAAUGUGUUUUAGUAAAAAUGCCUUGGUGGAAGUAAGUAUAAAAUUACCAGGAUUUUCUCAAGAGAAUGGGUUGUGGCCAGCUGUAUGGAGUUUAGGAAAUUUGGCAAGACCUGGUUAUCAAGCCACUACUGAUGGCGUUUGGCCUUAUACAUAUGACGAGUGUGAUUAUGGUAUAACACCCAACCAAUCCUCGCCCGACGGAAUUUCGUUUCUUCCUGGUCAGAGAUUAAGUAAAUGUACUUGUUACGGAGAGGACCAUCCUAAUUUAGGAACCGGUAGAGGAGCACCCGAAAUUGACCUUAUUGAAGGAUUUCAUAACCCCCAUUAUAAAACAUUCUUGGGUAUGCAAACGCUACAGGUGGCACCAUUUGAUCCUUGGUAUAGACCUGAUUAUGAUUAUAUGGAAAUUUUUGAUUCAAAUAUAACUUCAAUGAAGUCUUCAACUGGAACUCCCACCCAACAAGCUAUUGCAGCCGGUACAAUAUUGAAUGAAACAUGGUUCCAUAGCCUUAGAAGUGAAAGCAACCAUUCACGAGUAAUAGGAGAGCCAACAAACUUUCAAGCCUUCGGGUACGAAUACAAUAGUGAAAAAACAAUGGAAAAUGAUAGCUAUGUUCAGUUCUUUAAUGGGAAUCAAAAAACUUUGGGUUUGAGAGGUGACGCAUUACAUCCUAAUAAUAACAAUAUAGGUUGGAGGCAAGUAACAAAGGAGCCUAUGGCCUUAGUUUUUAAUUUAGGUUUGUCGGAAAGUUGGCUGACCAUCGAUUAUGGGUCUUUAGAAUUCCCAGCUAUUUUUGAAAUUGAUUAUAUUAGAAUUUAUCAACCCAAAGGUGAAAAAUAUCUUACUUGUGAUCCUCCGGGAUUCCCCACCACAGAGUAUAUAAAUAAUCAUUUGGCUGCUUAUCAAAAUGUUAAUUUCACUACUUGGGAACAAGCUGGCUUUCAAAAUCCCAAAAAUAGUAUCAUGAAUAAUUGUAAGCUUCCAUGGGGAGUUUCCCAAAAAAUGUCGUAG